AAUCUUUCUCGAUUCGGUUACGCGUGCGCAAUCUGCAGCAGCGCUCGGCAGAUCCUAUCCUGACGGCAGGAUAACCCCCAAAACUAGUGAAGUGUUUUCCGUUUAGGUCAUAUCAGCAGUAUUACGCGUGUGAUAAACAAUUCGAAAAAGUACCCAAUAAAAAAACAAUCAAAAAAGUGCCAGACCUUGCCACAUUCCACUUGCCACUGCCGCUUUUGUGGGCGUCGGGAAACUGUUUCGGAGUCGUAUUUGAUUGGAGACGAAGGAGCACUAAAGGAGCAGAGCAGAAAGUUGUUGUGACAUUUUUUUGGCAAAGCAAAACGCAAUGGCGCCAAAGAUGCCGCCAUUCUCGCAGCUCGACAAAAUGGCGACAAGGACAUCCAGUUGGCUCUGCCGCCUGCUGCUCGUCAGCCUCUGCAUUGGCGCCGCUGCAGCACGAGACAUUCCAUCUUCAUCAAUCCGUGGGAGCUCGCUGGCCCAAAGCGUGGACGUGGCCUUCUACUGUCCGGGCGAGGGUCUGUUUGCCGACGACUAUGACUGCCGCAUCUACUACCGCUGCGAGCAGCGCACGGAGCAGUACAUCCGGCCGUAUAUGCUCGCUUGUAAGGAGAACACGGUCUUCUCGCGCACCCUUCGCAUGUGCCUGCCCCCAACGAUGGCCGGGCGGGACGAGUGCGUGGACCAGUUGAACGAAAUUGACGGCAGCAUGGGGGCUCUGGGUGACGGCUCGGAUGGCUAUGAUGGACUCGUCAAUGAUGGCCAAGAGGAUGACCAUAAUGCGCUGCUUAACGGUGCCGUCACACCCGCCGCCAAUGAGCUGCGCACCUAUGCGACGGCAAAUCAGUUGCCGACAAAUUACGGCCUGACAGGACUCAGUGGUGUUUCGGUCAUAUCCUUCUCGAGCUCCAGCUCAUCAUCUUUACGCGCCGCGGUGUCGGGGGAGGAGGGGGCCGAUGAGGUGGUGUGCCGGGAUGAUGGAUUUAUGAGUGAUCCCAGUGACUGCACCGUGUUUUAUCGCUGCAUCUCGAAUGGCAGGGGCUAUAAUAAAAUCGGUUUUCGCUGCUCGGACGGCACAGCCUGGGACGAAUCCCUACAGUCGUGCAACCAUAUGUUUGAUGUACGUGCUAAUGGCGGGUGCCACAAUCAGGCCCAGUCCGAGCCCCAGAACGACGGCUAUUAUGCAGGCCAAACAUCAACACAGUCAUCGCAGUCCAGCUAUCAGAACUCCACGUCGUCGUCCAACAUGUCCAGCAGCCAGCAGAGCUCAUCGACGAGCUCCUCGUCCUCCCAAAGUUCAUCCACAUCAAGCUCUAGCUCGAGCUCAAACCAGGAGUCGUCCACGUCGAGCAGCAACCAGCAAUCGAGCACGGGCUCCUCGAAUCAAAGCUCAAACAGCAACCAAAGCUCGGGAAGCAACCAGUCCAACGGAAGCUCUAGCAACAACCAGAACCAAAGCUCAGGCAGUAGCCAAAGCUCUGGCAGCAAUCAAAGCUCAGGAAACAACCAAUCUUCGAACAGUAAUCAAAGCUCAAACAAUAAUCAAAGCUCUGGAAGCAAUCAAAGCUCUGGAAGCAAUCAAAGCUCUGGCAGCACUCAAUCCUCCAGCAAUAAUCAAGGUUCUGGCAGUAAUCAGAGCUCGUCUAGUGGUUCCAACAGCUCAUCCACCGAAGGUGGAGGCGUCAACAAACCCGCACCCACUGAAUGUGAGGAUGAAAACACCUACAUACCGGAUCAAAAAGAUUGCGCCAAGUUCUACAGAUGUCGUCUAGAUGGCAAUGGAAACCUGGAGCAAGUGCCAUUCACCUGCGGACCCGGGACUGUGUGGAACCAAGAUGAGAAAGUCUGCGAUUUACCUAGCGAAGACCAAAAGAAGAAAUGUAAUAUAGGAUCGGGCUCUGCAAGUGGCCAGCAAUCCAGUGGCAACAAUCAAAGUUCCUCAUCGAGCGGCAAUCAAUCGGGCAGUUCCAGCAGUUCCAGCAAUAAUAAUCAAUCAGGCAGCAGCCAGGAGAGCACUACCGCAUCAGGCAGCAAUCAGCAAUCCUCCAGUAAUCAAGGCUCAUCCAGCAACCAGUCAUCCAGUCAAGGCAGCAAUCAAGGCUCAUCAAGCAAUCAAUCUGCUAAUCAAGGCUCAUCUUCCUCGUCCACCUCCAACAAUCAGCAGAGCUCGACUACUUCAUCCACUUCCAGCAAUCAGGGAUCAUCCACAAGCACUGAAAGUUCCAGCACACAAGCAACUUCGACUUCGAAGCCAUCGAAUCCCGAAGGCGAAUGCAAGGAUACGGAAACAUAUUUGGCUGACAAGACAGAUUGCGCACGAUUCUAUCGCUGUGUAGAGAAUGGUAAUGGUGGUUUCGACACGGUACCCUUUGACUGUUCGCCGGGAACGGUUUGGGAUCCCGACACCAAGGGCUGCAACCAUCCAACGGAUGUGCAGAAGGAGCAAUGCAGGGCUAUGGCAAGUGGUAGUGGAAGUUCGUCCAAUCAAGGAUCAAGCAGCCAGGGAUCUUCUAGCCAAGGAUCAUCGUCAUCUUCUAACCAAGGAUCAUCGUCUUCCAACCAGGGCUCUUCGUCCUCUAACCAAGGAUCAUCGUCCUCCAACCAAGGAUCAUCAUCUUCUAACCAAGGAUCAUCGUCUUCCAACCAGGGAUCAUCGUCUUCCAACCAGGGAUCUUCGUCCUCUAACCAAGGAUCUUCGUCCUCUAACCAAGGAUCCUCAUCUUCUAACCAAGGAUCAUCGGCUUCGAACCAGGGAUCAUCGUCUUCCAACCAGGGAUCUUCAUCUUCCAACCAAGGAUCUUCGUCUUCCACCCAAGGAUCAUCGUCUGCUAAUAACCAAGGUUCUUCUUCCUCAACCGAAACUUCCAAUAACCAAGGAUCUACAUCUUCAAGCCAGGGUUCCUCCUCCAACCAGAGCUCUUCUUCAUCUACAGAAUCCAGCACUCAGGGAUCAUCAUCCUCUAAUCAGAGUUCUUCAGAGUCAUCAACGUCAAACCAGAGCUCAUCCUCAUCCACCGAAGGUUCUUCAUCUACAACGACAACUCAGAAACCGUUCAAGCCAGCUGAAAAGUGCGAAAGUGAGGAAACAUUCCUUGCGGACAAAGAAAACUGUGCCAAAUUCUACCGCUGCGUGGACAAUGGCAAAGGUGGAUUCACGAAGGUAUCGUUCACCUGUCCGCCCAACACCCUCUGGGACCCAGAGGCCAACAGCUGCAACCAUCCCAGUCAAAUACAAAGCCAGCCGAUGAAAUGCAAAAAGGUCACAGGCUCAACAUCAUCCAAUAGCACAAGUUCCACAUCCUCUUCAACAACGGGAGGUUCCACAUCCAACAGCGGUUCCUCGUCGAACCAGGGCUCCUCCUCUACCAGUGGUUCCUCAUCAAAUGGCGGCUCCUCCUCUGGCAAUGAAUCAUCAACCUCAUCAUCCUCAACGUCAUCAUCGACAACCUCUUCAUCCACUAGUAAUAAUAAUAACAAUCAGGGGUCAUCUUCAUCGACCUCUAGCAGUUCGAAUCAAGGAUCAAGCAGUAGCGGCAGCAGUAGUGUGGUCACUAGCCCCACUCCAUCAAAUCCCUCAGAGACGUGCACACAAAAUGGACAGUUUAUUGGGGAUCAGACGAACUGUGCAAAGUUCUAUCGCUGCGUGGAUAACGACAGAGGUGGCUUCAGCAUGAUUCCCUUCACUUGCGGUCCUGGCACGGUCUGGGAUGCUCAAAUCCAGAGCUGUAACCAUGCUUGGGCAGUCAAGGGAUGCGGUGGCUCCGCUACACCUUCGACGACACAAAGACCAACCACAAUUUCAACUUCCACAGCCCGACCUUCGACAUCUCGACCAUCAUCAUCCACAACAUCCACGUCCCGACCUUCCACAUCGCGUCCUACCUCAUCGGGACCUACCACAUCGCGACCAACGACAUCUCGACCAUCAUCAUCCCCAACAUCCACGUCCCGACCUUCCACAUCGCGUCCUACCACAUCGGGACCUACCACAUCGCGACCUACGACAUCUCAACCAUCUCCAUCCUCAUCCACAUCUCCACCAACUUCGACGAGCUCCCCCAACACCGAUGGACAGUGCAGGUCCGAAGGAUUUAUGGCCGAUCCUAACAACUGUUCCAAGUUCUAUCGUUGUGUUAGCAAUGGCAAAGGUGGCUUCACUCAGAUACCUUUCCAAUGUGGAGCCGGAACUGUCUGGGAUCAGGACCUUCAAACAUGCAACCACAACUUUAACAACUGCAAUACCACAAUAACAGCAGAGAGGCCUCCAUGUGAGACGACAAACGAGACAACGACGACCGAAGCAUCGACCCCACCGACGACCACAAUGAUCCCGACAACACCCUCCACCACAACGGAAAUAACGACUACGACUAUUUCCCCGCCAAGCACUACCACAGAUAUACCCAGCACAACUAUGACAUCAACGACGGGAUCGGGAUCAACUGGCAGCACAGAAACCUCAGAGCCUGUAACUACCACGAUGAACCCAUCCACAACCACGAUGAAGCCGCUGCCAGCUGGUACGGAAUGUGAGGGCGAGGGUUAUAUGGCUGAUCCCGAGGAUUGCCGAAAGUACUAUCGAUGCAUAAACGCUGGCAACUCCUACAGAAGGUACAACUUCACAUGCCCCCAGGGUACGGGAUGGAACGAAGAUGUCCAGACUUGUGAUUACAUGGCGAAUAUACCGAGGUGCUCAAAGUUACCGUCGACGACAACGGAGCCACCAACCACCACGACCACGAUUUAUACAUCCACUACACCAACGGAGACGGAGAGUACGGUGACUGAGAGCCCUAAGGAACCUGAGACGACACCAACACCCAAACCAGAAGGUCCACCUACAACUACAGGAACUGAAAAACCCACCACAAAACCAACACCGGAAACAACCACAGGAACUGAAAAACCCACCACAAAACCAACACCGGAAACAACCACAGAAACUGAAAAACCCACCACAAAACCGAAACCGGAAACAACCACAGAAAGUGAAAAACCCACCCCAAAACCUACCCCAGAACCAACCACAGAAACAACCAAUGUUUCGAAUGAAUCAACAACUACUACUAAUCAAGAAGAUACGACUACAACAUCUAGUCCAGGCUAUAAGCCCUCCACUACCACCGCAGAACCAACAACUACCAAUAUUCCGGAGCCAGAGCCAGAAACGAACUACAACUGCACCGCAGAGGGCUUUUUCGCUGAUCCCGAAGACUGCAGUCACUACUAUCGCUGCGUGGAUGGUAGCAAGAAUGGGAAAUAUCAAGUAUACAGCUUCAAAUGCCCCAACGGUACAGUGUGGGAUACGUCUGCAGACACCUGUAACUACGCGGAUCAAGUGUCGGGAAAUUGCUCUAGCUCUACUACAGGAUCACCCACUACGACUACAGUCUACCCGGAGGAGACCACUGAACCGAGCACUACUGGAUCCACCGAAACGACGACCCAGUCACCAAAGCCAGAAACGACAACCCAGUACCCAAAGCCAACCACGACCCAGUCAUCAAAGCCAGAAACGACAACCCAGUCAGAAACCACGACUUCUACUUCCCCGAUCGACACAACAACUACUGGAACAACUGAACCCACAACGACGGAAGUAAUCACAACUACUUCAUCUACCCCAUCAACUAGUUCGAAUGGCACUCAGCCAUGUCCCACCACAGGCCCAGGACAGAAUUUGUACGUUUGCCCCACCGGCUUCCGACGCCACCCAGAGAACUGCGGCAUGUUCUAUCAGUGCAGCGAGAACGCGGACAGCAACGACCUGAACAUUGUGGUGUUCCAAUGCCCCAAUGGAACAGUAUACCAGGACAAGUCGUGUAGCUGCGGCAAGCCCGAGGCGGGCGACACCUGCAACAAGGGUCAGAAGAGGACUAACCCCAACCUGUUCGAGGACCAAACGCGUCGCCAGAAUAUGAUACAAAUAAGCACCACAUCUCCACUUUGUCCCGACGAGGGACACUUUGCCCUGAACGAGGAUGAGUGCAGCCAGCUGUUCGUCAAGUGCGGCUACUCGGAGCAGACGGGUCGCAUCGAAGGCCAAAUCUACCGCUGUCCGCAGGGCUUUGCCUACUGGAACGUGAGUCGCCGCUGCGAGCCAGCCAGGAAGCUGAUGAACUGCACCCCCACCACCUACAAUGUGGGCGGCAACGUGCCGCUGGAGUGGCUCAACAUUGGCCAUAGGCGUCGCAGUCUGCGUAUUUAAGUAGUAUUAGUUUAGUUUUUCUAAAAGAUCCGCAAUUGCUUGCUGCGCCAGCGUCAUCGUCCGAGGUGAACAGCUGGCGCAGCAAAUGAUCGGUCAGAAGUGUUAGAUUAAGACGUAGGAAAAUUACAGUACGUUAAGCUGGGAUUAAUACAAAAAUAUCUGGUGUCGGUAAAGUUAGUGAUUGGCCAAAUCACACAGUUGAUGUGCAAGCCCUGGGAUUUACAUUAUCAUUUAUGUAGUGUUUAAUGCAUUUCAAUAAACUAUUUUUUUUAGAUUUCUUUCUACAUUUGACAGGCAGUAAAUAAUAAUUGUACUCACAUAUGUAUAUAUUUGUAAACAUAUGUACGUCCAGAAAGCCAUAUACAUAUAUCUAAGCUAUGCUUAAAAUU